AAGCAGAGCAUCACAUAAAAUUUAUUUUAGAUAAUAAUAAGUAAAUUAAUUAUUCAAAAGGUAAAGACUAAACAUAUACUGAAUAGACUAACAUGGGUAAGACACAAAAGAAGAACAGUAAAGGUCGUUUAGAUCGUUACUAUUACUUAGCCAAAGAAAAGGGGUAUAGAGCUCGUUCUUCGUUCAAGAUUAUUCAAAUUAAUGAAAAGUAUGGUCACUUUUUAGAAAAAUCUAAAGUUGUGAUUGAUUUAUGUGCUGCUCCAGGGUCAUGGUGUCAAGUUGCUAGUCAGUUAUGUCCUGUUAACUCAUUGAUUAUUGGAGUUGAUAUUGUUCCUAUCAAACAUUUACCUAAUUGUAUUACCUUUCAAUCUGAUAUUACUACCGAUGAUUGUCGUUCUAAAUUAAGAGGUCAUAUGAAAACUUGGAAAGCUGAUACUGUUUUACAUGAUGGUGCACCAAAUGUUGGUUUAGGUUGGAUUCAAGAUGCUUUCACUCAAUCUCAAUUAACUUUACAAGCUUUAAAAUUAGCUGUAGACAAUUUAAAUGUUGGUGGAACAUUUGUGACUAAGAUUUUUAGAUCAAGAGAUUAUAAUAAUUUAAUGUGGAUUUUCCAACAAUUAUUUGAAAAAGUUGAAGCUACUAAACCACCAGCUUCUAGAAAUGUAUCUGCUGAAAUCUUUGUCGUUUGUAAAGGUUUCAAAGCUCCUAAAAAGUUAGAUCCAAGAUUAUUAGAUCCAAAAUCUGUAUUUGAAGAAUUAAAUACUAGUAAUAAGAAUAAUGAUAAUAUGGAAGCUAAAAUUUUCAAUCCUGAAAAGAAAAUGAGACAAAGACAAGGGUAUGAAGAAGGAGAUUAUUUAUUAUAUCAUGAGAUGGAUUUCUUAGAAUUCAUUAAGAAUGAAGAUCCAAUUAAUACCUUGGCAGGAUUAAAUAAAUUAGUUGAACCAUCAAAAGAAGAUCUUGAAUGGAAGAUAUUACGUAAAUUAAAGAAUUUCACUCCUGAAUUAUCAGAAUGUUUAAAAGAUUUAAAAGUUUUAGGUAGAAAAGAAUUUAAAAUGAUUUUAAAAUUUAGAAAAGCAUCUAGAGAAAUAUUAGGAUUAGACGAAGAUGAAAAUAAAGAUGAAAUUGAAGUUGAACCCUUAACUGAAGAACAACAAAUUGAUAAAGAUUUACAAGAUUUAGGAGAUAAGAGGAAACAAAGACAAAAGAGAGAAAAGAAAAGAUCAAAUGAAUUAAAACAAAAGGAAAUUGUUAGAAAUCAAAUGAAUAUGUUAACUGAUAUGAAUAUUGGGUUAGAAGCUGCUCAAUUAGGAUCUGAAUCAUUAUUUAAUUUAAAAACAGCCGAAAAGACAGGACAAUUAGAUAAAUUAGCUAAAGGUAAAAAGAGAAUUAUUUUUAAUGAUGAAGAAUUAGCUAAAGAUAAUGAUAUUCAUUUUGAUGAAGAAGAUAUAGAGAUGAAUUCUGGUGAUGAAGCUGAUGAAUUAGAAGCUCAAUUGGAUGAUAUGUAUAAUCAUUAUCAAGAAAGACAAUCGGAAAGAGAUGCUAAAUAUAGAGCCAAGAAAUUAAGAGGCGAUGGAGAUGAUGAACCAUGGGAUGGUAUAAGGAGUGAUGGAGAAGAUGAAGAAGGAGAAGAUACCAAAGAUUAUAUCAUGGAAGAUGACGGUGAAGAAGAUUCUGAUGGUGAUGAACAAAUCAGAUUAAUCACUGAAAGAAAAUCAAAGAAUGGAUUAUCCAGAGAUGCCAAAGUAUUUUUCCAAUCUGAUUCUAUAUUUAAUGAAUUUGAUGAUGCCAGUUUAUUAGAUGAAAUGAAGACUGAACAAGAAAAGAAACAAGCUGCUGCCAAUGGUGGUAAAGUUAAUGGUACUAGUAAUGGAAGCAGCAAUGGUAAUGGAAAAGUUGUUCCCCAAGGUGAUGAUAGUGAAUCAGAUGCCGAUUCCGAUUCCGAUUCCGAUAGUGAUUUUGAAAUUGUUCCAGCAGAAAAGGAAGUUCAAUAUGAAUCCGAUGAUGAUGAUUCAGAUGAUGGAAGUUCAUUAUCUCGUCAAUAUGCUAGAGCCAAGACUGAACAACAAAAAGUUGAUAUAGCGACAGUUGAAGCCAUGACCUUAGCACAUCAAGUUGCAUUAGGACAAAUGAAUAAACAUGAUUUAAUCGAUGAAGGUAUUAAUAGAUAUUCAUUCAGAGAUAAAGAUGGAUUACCAGAAUGGUUUCUUGAUGAUGAAAAGAGACAUUCUAAACUUAUAAAGCCAAUAACUAAAGAAGCAGCUUUAGCCAUUAAAGAAAAACAAAAACAAUUAAAUGCUAGACCUAUAAAGAAAGUAUUAGAAGCUCAAGGACGUAAGAAGAUGAGAGCCUUAAGAAGAUUAGAGAAAUUAAAGAAGAAAUCCGAUUUGAUUAAUGAAGAUAGUGGAAAAUCUGAAAAGGAUAAAGCUGAUGAAAUUCAAAAAUUAAUGAAGAAAUUAACUAAUAAACAAAAGAUGAAACCAAAAUUAACUUAUGUGGUUGCUAAGGGGGCCAAUAAAGGAUUAAGUGGUAGACCUAAAGGUGUUAAAGGUAAGUAUAGAAUGGUUGAUGGAGUUAUGAAGAAUGAGCAAAGGGCAUUAAAGAGAAUUGCAAAGAAGAAUAAGAAGUAAGCAUUAAGCAUAUAUAAAUAAAUAAAUAGAUUAUAACAUGUA